AUGCGGAAGCUGACCACCAAGCUCACGUGGCUCAAGGCAUUGUUAGAAGAGCUAGGCAUCAAACCAUCAACACCAAUCCCUAUGCAUUAUGACAAUGAAGCCGCAAUCCACAUAGCCACAAACUCGGUGUUUCAUGAAAGAACCAAACACAUCGAGUUGGACUGCCACAAAGUUAGAGAAAAGAUUGAAGAAGGAGUCACACUCCCAUAUCAUACACCAAGCGUGGACCAACUCGCUGACAUCUUCACCAAGGCUGUCUGUCAAUGCGGGAAUAACGUCAACGAGGAGUACGAGUUUUGGGUUCGAUUGGGGGAAGCUGGGGGGUUCGACAUCGAGCAUUUGAUAGACACGAAACCACCUUCUUGUUUGGUCGGCUGUCGCAAGUUUGAUAAAAAUGAUGAUUACACGGCCGAUAUUGUCCUUUUUGCUAGGAUGGGGAUCCAUAGGUACAAUAUGAUACAGGGGACGAACUUGCAGUUCAGUUACAUAGAGAAAUACAAUUACCGACCUAGCAGAGUAUAUACCGCCUACUAUUUAACAUUGGUUGCGAAGGAUCCAGAUGCAGGCAAUUCCCUCUUAACUUUUCAGACAAGGGUUGUUGACGAAGACUUUGACAUCAAGAAACUGUCUUGCAGUAUUGCUGGACCUAAAACCGAAGCACAAGGGAAUCCCUUGCGACGGCAAAAUUUGGAUCCUGAACCGGUAGAUGAUUUUUACAAAGGUAGAUUGCCUGAGUGGCCGUUGUCAGAGAAUGCUUUCUAUGAUAAGAAACGAUUUCACUUGCUAAAGAAAUCAGAGCUGCGGAAAUAUGACUGGAUUCGUCUAUACAUGGAACUUGCAUUCCUCUUUUCGAAUUUGUGGCGGCCUAAAAAUCCCAAGCUAUCAAAUCUGGUGAUUGUGAUGGUAGCUAUAGAAACCAAGGAUAAUGUGGAGCCUUCGAGUGAGAGGCUCAAGGCCAAAAAUGCAAAUUUCUACAUAAAGUACAAAUACUACCCAAGUAAGGCUCGGCCUCCUAAGGUUCGUCCCGCUCACCGCAUUGCAAUAGUUAGAAGAACCUUCAACAAGAAUACUGGACACCUCACUCUCCAGUUUGAUGGUCAGUAUGCAAAAACGUUUCUGAAAAAUGGCUCAGGUCCGUAG